AUUAAAAUAUAAAAACAAAAAUAUAAAAGUACACAGCUCAAUGGCCAGACGAAAUAAGCGCACCUCCUACGAGCAGUACCAGAUUUACCUGAACAUGAUGGAGUCCAAUCCUGUUUUGACAAACGGCAGAGCGACGCGCUACGACGACAUCAUGAAAUGGAAAGAAUUGAGCGAUCAGCUAAACAAAUCCAAAACCGGGCCUUGUCUCGAACCCGAGGAAUGGCGAAAGCGCCUGAACGAUUGGAAGAACACGACACGGUGUAAAUAUAGACGCAUCAUGUUGUCCCCGGGAGCUAAGUUAUCCCUCUCGCCACUGGAGACCAGAGCCCUGAGCAUCUUUGGAGAGGUUUCGGACGUCGGUGCAUUGGUCUUCGACGAUAGCGCCGAAUAUUUAGAGGAGCACAUCGGUCAGGAGGAACCAGUGGAUAACUAUGCGGACUACCGCGAAGAUCCGCCGCCGCCAAAAUCUAUCCGAAUUAGCCCGCGCAAAGCUAAGCAGGUGACAGCGCAGUUUCCAGAGGAGUACACCGAACGUCCAGCCACCAAGAUCAUCAAUGGACAACUUCCCGUAAAGCGGGUUCGCGUGCAGGUCCCCGAACAGCUUUAUGAGGUCAAGAGUUCACUGCAGCAAGACACAAGCGCCCAGGAGAUUAAGAAUCAGCUGGAACGAAUCGCGGACAUCCACAACGCCAGCCUUCAGUUCCAGGUUGCCUGUUUCAAGUACAGUAAUCCCGGAUUUGAGUACAGUCCGCCGGAGCUAUAGCGCCAUGGAACAAGCGAAUUACAAGGAAUUACAUAUCGGUAUUGUUUUUAACAUAUUAUAGAAUCAUAUAGAUCCUGUUAAGUUAAGUUU